UUCAUCGAGAUACAAAACAAAAAAGUGUAUAAAAUGACUGAAGUUUGCGUCAAAUUCAAAUUAGAACCGCCAUUUUGAUUUUUUAUAAAAAAGAACAAAGAAAAAUAUUUUUGACCUGAAAACGGACAUUUUUUAAAAAAAAGACAGCAGACACUGAAAUUUUUUUGUUUUUUUACCCAAGUAUUUGGAUAUUUAAAUAAAAAAAAAGUUGAAUGAACAAAUACAAAGGUUUAAAAUAGAUCAACGUUUCAGUUUUCUUUACCAUCUUAUGUCAAAAAAUGUCUUUUUACGUAUGACAGUAAUAAAAAAAUUUGUGACAAACCGAAAUCCAUUUCAAGCAAAACAAUUUCCUGGAAUUUCAUUUUGGACAGCAGAUUUUUUGAACUUUUGUAAAAAAUUUGAGUGAAAUUUCAUCUGAAAUUGGGAUUGAGGUCAACUGGCUGACAGACACAGAACAUAUUGAUGAUUAUGCACGAGGUGCAUAAUAACACUGCAGUGUGUUAUAUUUUUCCGGUAGAUGACGUCACCUGGACGAAAUACUAGACUUAUAUUACACUUGUGAUACAAGUUACCAAUAGAAAAAUUGUAGAGGAGAGUGAUAUCAACUGUCAAGAUGAAUUCAAAUGAGAGUGAAGAAAAUAAUGAUAAUGACAGUGAUGAGUCGUAUUCAGAACAAUUAGACAUGAUUGUUGAGGAGGUUAGUGAUAAUUAUGACACCAGUGAUGAAAAUGACCAUGAUAUAGAUGAAGAUGUCAAUGAUGAAGCUGCUGGUGAGCGGGCUAAUGAAAAUGCGGAUGAUAACAAACCUGACAAUGAGGCUGACAGCAAAGACAAUGGACUUGCUAAUGAUGACAAUGGACUUGGUGAUGAUAAAAUGAAUGAUGAUCAUGAUGAUGAUGAAAGUACUGAUGAUGAUGAUGAUGAAUCUUAUAACAGAAAACGAUCACCGAUGAGUGUACCUGAAAAUUCAAAAGUAAAAUAUGAGUCCGCGUAUGCGCAUUUUCAGGAGUGGCAGAAAAAAAAGAAAACGAAUUCAUUUUCGGAAAAAGUUCUGCUUGUUUACUUUUACGAAAUGUCAAAAGUUAGAAAAUCUUCGACGCUGUGGAAUACUUACUCGAUGUUGAAGUGCACUUUGAGUUCUUUUCAUAAAGUAGAUCUUGGGAAGUACAAAAAAUUGCUUGGAUUUUUGAGAAAAAAAGAAGUCGGGUUCAACAAAAGGAAAUCGAAAGAAUUCACGGCGACUGAAAUUGCAGAAUUUUUGAACUCUGCACCUGACGCUGAGUAUCUGCUGGAAAAGGUCAUUCUGGUUUUCGGUAUCUGUGGAGCUUCAAGACGCGCCGAAAUCUGCGGGCUGACUACUGAUGACGUCAAAGACACAGGCACUCAAUUAAUCGUGACGAUACAGCACGUAAUCAAAAACGUUCCUGACCGCAAAUUUACAAUCGAUGACAACUUUUAUAAACUCGUUAAAAAAUAUAUUUUUCUAAGGCCGGAAAGAGGACCGUAUAGAAAAAUGACAAACAGAUUUUUCUUGAAUUAUCAAAGGAGCAGGUGCACACGACAAGCCAUUGGAAUAAAUAAAAUAGGCAAUACGGCGAAGAAAAUCGCUCGAUACUUAAAGCUACCGGAUGCAGAAGCGUACACGGGUCACUGCUUCCGGCGGACUUCGGAAAAACUACUCCGGGACUCUGGAGUGGAUAUGAGAUACAUGUGUCGCUAUGGACAAUGGAAAACUGAUGACGUAUCUGAUGAUGACGCUAGAAAAAUAUUUAGAUGCAUAACUUGCAAAAUUAAACUGAAGGCUCCUGUUGAUUGCGAUCCGCCUGAGGUACCGGAGCCAAGAGUAUUCAAACCGAUUCCUAAACAGUUGAAUGUCAAUCAACGAGUCACAGCAUCAACUUCUAAGACCAGUCCUCCUGAAGUUAUUCCGAAGCCUCCAGCAAUCAGUUCUGAAAUAAUUCCUAAGCCUCCAGAAAUAGUUCCUCCUGAAAUAAUUACUGUCUCUCCAGCAAUCGAUUGUCUUGAAAUAACUUCCGAACCUCAAGUAAUAAAUUGCCAGGAAACAACUCAAAGGGCUCCAGCAAUAAAACGUCAAGUGAUUAAUUCAAAGGCUAAAAUAAAUAAAGUGGAUUAUCACAGCUUCAAAUAUUCCGUCGUCGAAAUUGAUAACAGAAGACUAGAAAUUGUUGAACGAGGGUGGGUUCCGCUGGAAGGAACAUCAACAGUCACGAGUUUCGGGGGAUUCAAUGACUAUCAGAGUGCUGCUGAUUGGGCGGAAAUUCUUGAUAGAAGAAAAUCUCUGGAUAAUCGCAACUGGAAAUUUUUGCGCGCGCAUUUAAAUAAUACGAGGGUACAAAAUGUUAACGUGGAUCAGAUUAAAGAAGAAGUUUCAGUUAAACAGGAAGCGGCUGAAGAUGAGGAUCCUCUUUGUCUCUAAGUUUUUUUAUAAGUUUUUAUAUACUAAGUAUUAAUGUUUAUAAUUUUAAUAAUUAACUGACAAAAUAAUUAAUUAAUUUAUUUAAGUAUUUAGAUAAUUACUCGAAAUUUUUUUACUGCAGCGGGAGGUAAUUUUUUAAAUAACCGACUAUUAAAAUUAAAAAUUGUAAUUAAUGAUGAUGAUAAUAAAUAUAAAUUUGAGUAAUGUCAAAUAGCGAACAAAGAAAUUUAUAUAUGACUUAUAUAUAAAUUAAAUGAAGGGUAGAAAAGUGCGAUGAACCGCGCCCGCGCCUCGAGGGUGCGGCCCCGGUCUACAUAAACCCAGGUGUGGCACACAAUUUAUAGAAUCACUCGUAGUCAUGCCCUCUAUCAACUCAACACUCGACAUCGCAACCCCGCGCCAAGGAUUAUUAUCCUCAGUCUUUCACGCAAUACAGAUAAUUAAAACUAAUCACCCGCUCCAUU